AUGAUGACCCCAUAUAGGGGUAGAGGCCGCGGUUAUGGCUGUGGUGGGAGUGGGAGUAACAAUAUGUUACCCCAGCCAGAAUCAAACAUUCCUCUAAUAGGGGAUUGGACUACUGUCUACAAAGGCAGAAAAAUGCAGCAAUUACCUGCAUCUUCAGCAAAAAAGGAAGAUAUUGCUUCCUCUUCCUCUAAUAAAACUACAUCCUACAAGGAAGUUGCGGUUAAUAACCCACCUCAAGAACAAAUGAAUUAUUUUUUAAAAUCCAGUAACUGA